AUGCUCGAUGGGUCGAGCCCCCAGGCUGGUAAAAUCUGGAAAAAGGCUAACCUAACCUUCUCCUUUGAUGGCAAACGUAUGACUGAGACCUUCCUCAUUUGUAACACAGGGUCUCACGCCGCCAUCUUAGGGUUGAAAUGGUUGGAUGCCCACAAUCCAGAGAUUGACUGGAAUUCCCGCACACUGUCAUUCCCUCAUACGCCACCGGAACAGGUAUUUGGAGAGGAGGAAUUCAACAAGCUUCCCCCGCACCGGCAUUACGACAUUGGGAUUGAGCUAACCAAAGAAGGCCCCUUGAACUCUCCGCUGUAUAGCAUGACUGAUGCUGAGUCCGCCACACUGAAAGAUUGGCUCAGGGACAAACUCAAGGCAGGCAAAAUCCGUCCCAGCAAGUCUUCUAUUAGCUCCCCCGUAAUGUUUGUACCCAAAAAAGAUGGUUCCCGCCGCUUGGUUGUCGACUACCGCCGUCUGAAUAACCGGACCAAGAAGAACGUUUACCCAUUACCUCGCCCAGAUGACCUCAUGGCCCAGCUCCGUGGCGCCAAGGUCUUCACUAAACUAGACCUAAGAUGGGGUUAUAACAACGUCCGUGUUAAGGAAGGCGACGAAUGGAAAACUGCCUUCCGUACCAAGUAUGGCUUGUAUGAGUCCCUGGUUAUGACCUUUGGCCUGACAAACGCUCCUGCCGCCUUCCAGCACUUUAUGAAUGAACUAUUCAAGGAUUUACUGGACGUAUGCGUCAUCAUUUACCUCGAUGACAUCCUAAUCUACUCUAAGGAUGACGCAUCUCACACAGAGCAUGUCCAUGAGGUUCUGAAAAGGCUAAUGGAUAACCAACUAUUCUGCAAAGCGUCAAAGUGCACAUUCCACGUCACAUCGGUGGAGUAUCUCGGUAUAAUUGUCUCAGACAAAGGGUUCAGCCUAGAUAAGCUCAAGAUCAAGGCAGUUCAAGAAUGGCCCACGCCCACCAAGGUUAAGGAAGUACAAUCCUUCCUUGGUUUUGCCAACUUCCUACGUUGA